AUGGUGGACGGAGCGAUCGUGCCGGCCGAUGCGUCGUCACUGGCCGACCACUUCGGCCGGCAGGUGCUACACUGGAUCAUCGGCUACUCGACUGCGUGGUACGCGACCCUCAGCCACUGCGAUCUGGUGGACAACUUCAAGAAGGUGGACUCGGGCGCCAAGAUACUGCUGCAGGGGCUGGGUGUUAAAACCGGGCAAAACGACGACGAGGAAGAGGAGGACGAAGAGGACGACACCGAGGAUCCUGAGGAGGAGUUUGGUCCGCUCGGUCCGUUCGUGGCGAGAAACCACCAGCGGCGCACCGGACGCCGACGGCGACCGACGGCUGGUCGAAGGGUGCGCGUGGAGGCUGCCCGCGGCCACAUCAACCGGUACCACCCGUUGGCGGAGUACGGCGAGCGGAACUACGAGAACCUCAUGCUGGCCGAUCUGAUGGAGAACUGUGAACGCGGCAUUCCCGUUGAGAUGUUCAAUGUGUUGGCCCCGUUCCAUCAGAACAGUGCGGCUGCCGGUGCUGGCAGUGCGACCGGUGCCACUGGAGCGACAGCGGCCACUAGCGCAGGUGGUGGGAGCGUGCGGGGAGGAGUAGAGAACAUGCAGGUGACGCAACCCUGCAGUGCCCCGUCCUCGCCGACAAUCGUGUCGCCCGGUGCCCUUAGUGCGGCCUCAUUCUGCUUGACCAACGGCGGUGGCGCUGGCACCGGAGGCAGCAGCAGUGUCAUCAGCAGCACCACAGCGGCCGACACGGCCGAUCCGAACUGGCAGGCCAACAAGUCGACGGUUCGCGAACGCAAUGCGGCCAUGUUCAACAACGACCUGAUGGCCGACAUCCGGUUCAUCGUGGGUUCCGAUGAACAAGUGCAAACCAUUCCGGCCCACAAGUACGUGCUAGCGACGGGAAGCUCCGUGUUCUACGCCAUGUUCUACGGAGGGCUGGCGGAGGCGAAACAGGACAUCAAAGUACCGGACGUGGAACCGGGUGCAUUCCUAACGUUGCUGAAAUACCUGUACUGCGACGAGAUUCAGCUCGAAGCCGAUAACGUGCUCGCGACGUUGUACGUCGCGAAGAAGUAUAUCGUGCCGCAUCUGGCCCGGGCCUGCGUCAACUAUCUCGAGACUAGUCUGACGGCGAAGAACGCCUGCCUGCUGCUGAGCCAGUCGCGCCUGUUCGAGGAACCGGAGCUGAUGCAGCGCUGCUGGGAGGUGAUUGAUGCGCAGGCAGAAAUGGCGAUCAAAUCGGAAGGAUUCGUCGACAUCGAUCUGAAAACGUUUGAAACGAUACUCGCCCGCGAAACGCUCAACUGCAAGGAGAUCCACCUGUUCGAGGCGGCGCUGAGCUGGGCGCACGCGGCUUGCACCAAAAUGGACAUCGAACCGACGUCGUCCAACAAGCGGCAACUGCUCGGGCAUGCCCUGUACCUGAUACGCAUACCGACGAUGACGCUCGAAGAGUUUGCCAACCGCGUCGCUCAGCUGGGAAUACUGACCAACCAGGAGACGAUCGACAUUUUUCUCAACUUUACCGCACGCCACAAGCCGAAGCUAACCUUCCCGGUGAAGGCCCGGACCGGCCUUAAAACGCAGGUUUGCCAUCGGUUCGCGUCUUGCGCCUACCGGAGCAAUCAGUGGCGCUACCGGGGACGCUGCGAUUCGAUCCAGUUUUCGGUCGACAAGCGUAUCUUUAUCGUCGGGUUCGGCCUAUACGGGUCAUCGACCGGUGCCGCCGAUUACGAUGUAAAGAUUGAGCUGAAGCGACUCGGCCGGGUGCUGGCGGAGAACAGCACCAAGUUCUUCUCGGAUGGUUCAAGUAACACGUUUCAGGUGUUCUUCGAAACUCCGAUACAGAUCGAACCGGAGUGCUUCUACACGGCGUCCGUUGUACUCGACGGCUCUGAGCUGAGCUUCUUUGGUCAGGAAGGAAUGAGCGAAGUGAGUGUUGGGACGGUUACGUUCCAAUUUCAGUGCUCCUCUGAGAGCACCAAUGGAACUGGCGUGCAGGGUGGUCAAAUACCGGAGCUCAUCUUCUACGGUCCGAUGGGCACAGCUGGUCAGCAGGGCGCUGGUCUUAGUGCUAGCGCAAGCAACAAUACUAUCAACAACAAUCACACUCCCAGCAGUGGCCACUCGGGGUCUGGAAGCGGCGUAGCAAACGGCAGCAACACUACACAGGGCAAGGUGGGUAGCAACGGAUCCGGCAGUACCAACACGUCCACCACAUCCGCCUCACCAUCAUCGGUUGGCCAUGGAGGGCUGUUGCUUAUAGGAGGAACUACCGUAGCCAGCGGUGGCCCGAACGGUUCCUCACAUGCAUCUGCUCUCGGAAAUGCCGGUGGUGACAGUGGCACCGAGAAUGGUGCGAAUGGAGCCGGGUCAAACGGUGGAACGUCGCCAUCUGCCGGUUGGCUUCAACCACCAUCGGUGGUCGUUGGCUCACCGGCCACUACCGGCCAGUCGGUGGCAAACAAUGGCGAAGCAUCCGACUAAGAAAUCGACCGCAAGAAACAAACCAACCAAAUCGCAAUAUUUAGUGCACUUUCACACGUAGAGAAACACAUCGUUCAGUACAAUCGGAUUAAGGGUCGUUCUUAGGCCAACCUACCACGCAGCGGCGAAUGUUGGCAUCAGCAAACUUGGUGUAGAUUUGUAGCGUGCACCUCUAAAGGGACGAGCAAUAGAAAGAAACGCUUUUUCAGUAGAUUUCCGCAGCGCAACACACUUUCAAUUCGAUUCGAUUCAAAGCAAACCGUUGAGUGAGCCGCACACGAUCGAAUUUAAAGCAUGAUCGUGCUGACGAUCGUCGAUCGUCGGAUAGCGCUAGUCAGCGAUGCCUUCUCUUUUUUACAUAUUAGUUAACCAUGUGGUCGCAAUAUGUAUUUUUAGCGUAUCUCUCUUAGGUCUUCCUCUUGUCGUUCGGGUUUACUAUUCACUGUUUUUACAUUUACUUCUAGUAGUUUUUCACGAAAAUGUACGCAUUCGUAGGGCAGCAGUGCAGAAACAAAAUUUGUAGAACAAAUUGAGUAGCCUUAACCAUUGUUUUCGUUUGAAAAGCGUAAUUUUCUUUGGGACGGUGUUUUCGAUAGUCUUUAGAGCCCUUUUAGCAAUCGUUUCCGUUGGUAGUCAAACGGUGCAAGAUGCAGUACAAAGGCAACCACUUAUAAAAGCAAAACCGGGUGCGGUAGCAAAAAUUGCAGGACAGUUUUGCCAGCGACAGAGAUAAUCGUGUGCGAUGGGGCGACAAGUGGAGCAAGCAAAUGGUUUCCUUUUUAGUAUGUAAGAGUGAUACACGUGACAAUGAAACAUGGCAUAAGGUGUGCUUCAAAGAGGGCGCAAUACAUGGGCUGUAACCUGGAACAGCCGCUUCAGUCACCGGACACAAAAUCGAAAUACUAUUUUCACGAGAAUUCGGGUGUGUGAUACUUUGGUUCGGCGUGAUUGGUGCGGUACGAGGUUCAAUAUGAUUACAAAAUGAAAUACAAAAGAAUCUUCGAGCGUUAAUCUUUCGAAAGUGGAACACGCCUGGUCGACAGGGCGAAACUUGUUUUACAACCAUAAAGUGCUGUCCUGGGGAGUUGUACGGAUAUUGACAUAACUCUUUUCAUUCGUGUUGUCCUUUCAAAUUAUUUUCGUUCAUGUUCCUGUGCAUCGUUGGUACCCUAAAACAGUAACCAUUUGGCACACGUGGAACGGAGAUUACAUUCCUUGGACCCUGUUGUGUUUCGGUUUUGAUGUGCGUCAAUGUAGGGGUAGGCCAGUGUUGCGGGAUAAAAGUGAAAUUAUGCCAUGCGAUGGUUCGAUCGCUGAUGAUAUUAUUGAAAGAGCAGAUAAAACUAUACAUAUAUAUAUUUGAAAAUCUUAUAAA